CAAACCCUAAUACUUAUCUCCGCAUACCGCAAAUGGCUAACCCUAAAGUUUUCUUUGAUAUGACCGUCGACAGCAAACCGGCAGCUGGCCGGAUCGUGAUGGAGCUCUUCGCCGACACGACACCACGGACGGCCGAGAACUUCCGAGCCCUAUGUACCGGCGAGAAAGGCAUAGGGAAGUUUGGAAAGCCACUCCACUACAAGGGAUCAUGCAAUCACUCUGUGUCCCCGAAAUUAAUGUUAUGUGGAGGAGACUUAAUUGUCGGAGACGGAACCAGAGGCGAAUCGAUCUACGGCGAAACAUUCGAGGAUGAGAACUUCAUCAAGCAGCACACCGGUCCAGGUAUACUGUCCAUGAGCAAUGCUAAACGAAGCUUCAACAACGCCUACGAUUCUCGAUUCAUGAUCUGCAUGAGGAAGUAUUGCGGACUCGACGACGUGCACGUCGUGUUCGGCCAAGUUGUUGAAGGGUUAGAUGUGCUCAAGAGCAUUAUGGAAGAUGUUGGAACUGAUAGCAGGAAGCCUUCCAAGACUGUGGUGAUCGUCGACUGUGGUGAGAUUUUCCAAAAGACCUAAGAGAUUAUUUCACAUAAAUAUAAUGGUAGCUU